UCUACUGUCUUCGAAUCGCCACUCCUGCUGGGUUUAAAGGACUAGAAGCAUUCAGGGAAAUGGCGGGCCUGCUCUGUUCUCAGAAAGAUUUUGUUCGGUACCAUGUAGCCCACCUUUAAAACUGCGGUCUGCAUCAUCACAAGGACGAAUGUUAGCAAGGGCCACUCUCUUCAGUACCUGAUGACAGCUUAAUUCCCAGCCCGGCCCCCCUGCUGAGUGCCGCUGUUUGUGUGGGAUGACAGACGGAGACCAGGCCGAGGGGAGAUGAGUGGGAACCCUCGGAGCCCACUCAGAUUUCUGGGCGCCGUGAAAAGAUUUGUCCAGGCCAUUCACAUCUGAUGUGUGAAGAUGGAGCGAGUAUAUGUUAUCCUCCUGGUGAUAUUUAGGAUGUCUUCAGUAUCCACGCAAUUUAAUGGAUACAACUGUGAUGCCAACUACCACAGCAGGUUUCCUGCGGAGCGUGACAUCAGCGUGUACUGCGGAGUUCAGACCAUCACCUUGAAGAUCAACUUCUGUCCGGUGCUGUUUUCCGGCUACACCGACGCAGACCUGGCCCUGAACGGUCGCCAAAGCGAGGCCCACUGCCGGGGUUUCAUCAACAACAACACUUUCCCCACAGCCGUGUUGUUCAGCAUCGGUCUCAGCACCCUGGAGGCCUGUGGCAGCAGCCUGGUGGUGACAACAGCCUACGGGGCCAAUGCCUACGGGAACAUGUCCCUGGUGCAGAUAGGGAAUGUCUCAGGGUACAUAGACACUCCCGACCCUCCAACCAUUAUCAGUUACCUGCCCGGGCUGCUGUAUAAGUUCAGCUGUAGCUAUCCCUUGGAGUAUCUGGUUAACAACUCCCAGCUGGCCUCAUCAUCUGCUGCCAUAUCAGUGAAAGAUAAUAACGGCACAUUUGUGAGCACUUUGAGCAUGAUCCUGUAUAAUGACUCAACCUACAUUCAGCCUCUCUCCAUCCCAGCGGCUGGGCUGGCAUUGAAAACCAGAGUAUUCGCUGCAGUUAAAGCUACAAACCUAGACAAACGAUGGAAUAUCUUGAUGGACUACUGUUACACCACCCCUUCAGGGAAUCCAAAUGAUGAACUGCGCUAUGACCUUUUCUUUGGCUGUCACAAAGAUCCACAGACAACUGUUUUUGAGAACGGGAAGAGUCAGAUGGGUCGUUUUGCUUUUGAAGUGUUCCGUUUCGUCAAGCACAGACACCAGAAGAUGUCCACUGUGUUCCUGCACUGUGUCAGCAAGCUUUGCCGGGUGGAUGACUGCAUGAUGCUCAUGCCAAUCUGCGGUCAUCGUCGUAGGAGGGACACUGAUGAGAGCACAGAGUCUAGACUGGCGUCUGGCAAUGCCAUCAUCACAGCUGGGCCCAUAAUCACCAGGAUGGAUGAAAUUCCAACCAAUAACUCACAACUUGCUGCGUCGAGAGGCUCGUUGCUCCCAAUGAACCCAGUAACCAGUGCGCUGCUCUCAGGUGUGGUCAUUCUGGGAGGAGCCAGUGUUGUCUUCUUCCUGCUUUCCCUCCGCCUCCUACGAAGAGGGCACCCCCCAUCUGCAACACCCUCUGGAUCUUGGAAUCCCAUCUUCAAAUAAACCUUCCCUCUCUCUCGUUAUCUCUAAUAUAUAAUCUCUGUCUCCUCUUUCUUUAUCCUUAUCUUUCACUCUCUUUCUCUUGUUUUUCUCCUUUCAACCAAGUCUCUGAUUUGAUGUUUUCACUUAAGUUCUCUUCCAUGCUCUUGUGCCGCCAAACUUAAAUACAUAAUGUACGUAAAUAGCAUAUUGUCCAUGGAGUGCCAUGUAGCGCUGUGUUCUGUUCGUCCUGUACUCCCUUCUGUUUUUACCAAUCCAUUGUUCUUUAAAGUGUUUUGAAAGGACAAUCCAUACAGUACAUUCUGCAUGAUCUAGAUCACCACGAAGGGCCACCUUACAUUCCUCUCAACUUAAAUUACCUCAACCUUAUUGUCAUAGUGAAGCACAGAAUUGGUUUCAUUAAACAAAUAAGGUUGUUGUUGUAAUAUCAACCCUUGACACCAAGACUGGUACAAAACAAAAGACCAUCACCAAAUUGUUUUUGCUGUAUUCAUUUAAUAUGUAUGGUAUAUAUUUUACGCAUGCUAUCCCAAGUUAAUGUAGGAUAUGUAUUCACAAGACUAUGUCUUAUAUCUUUAGAUUUAUUACUAUUGUAGCUAAGUAUCUUGUUUAUGUUUGGUUAAAAUGUACAAAAUAAAUAAAUUGUCCAUAUAUUUUAAUUACUUCAAUGUAUAUCAUGUUAAUUUAGUCUCUAUUUUGUAUUUUUACAUUCAAAGAAAUAUUUGAAUCAUAUGAAGAUAAUAAAGGUUUUGUAUAAAGCUUUUUCUGUUAACUUUUGCAAAUGCUACAUUGACCAACACCUUGCUGUGUUGUUUCAAAAGUCCAAUUAAAGAAUGAUUCAAAAAAGUUUGCAAUACUGUUCUGUUCCUCAUUAAGAGAUCUGUCCUUAAACCACUGAUUAGUUAACAAUAAUUAAAGAUGAUGAUUACUUUAUAACUUUUAUACUUUUUGACAUGUUCUGAAUAUAAUAAACAAUGCUUGAUCUAUACCUUGCAAUAUUAAGCUCAUGAGCACAUAAGCCUUGGUUAUGUCCAGGAGAGAAAUAUGCCUAUCUAUUAAUUAUGUUUCUUGUAUCAUUGAUAAACUGUCAUUAUGCUGUUUUCUUGUGCCUGCAUAGCCAUAAGUUAGUUCUUUGUAAGAUGUGACUAGGAAAGGCCUGUGUCACUAAUGUAAUUCAGAGGUCACAAUAUUUCCAAAGUGUAUAAUGCCAUGCAACUUUGAAUGAG